GAAAUCGACUGAUGCCGACCUCCAUUUUAUUGUGGAGGGACCAAACAAAGGAUGUAAUGUAACCUGAAAAAAGAGAAUAAUUGAAACGAAAUCGAAAUUGGUAUUGUCCACCCAAACUGAACUGAAAUGUCAAGUCAAUUAUUGAAUAGAAAAAAUAAAAUCGAAUUCAUCCGAUAGUAUUAGAUUUAUAAAUAGUGCAGUGCAGCGUGGUGAUUAGAGAAAUCAUCAAAGAGAGAGAUGGCAGAACUUUUUGUGAAACAGGGAAAGGAAUACGCAGAUGCAAGACCAAGUUAUCCACCACAACUCUUUCAAUUCAUAGCUUCAAAAACUCCCUCUCAUAAUCUCGUUUGGGAUGUUGCUACUGGAAGUGGCCAAGCCGCCAAAUCUUUAGCUGCACUAUACAAGAAUGUCAUAGCCACAGAUGUUAGUGAGAAACAACUUGAAUUUGCAACAAAGCUCCCCAAUGUGCAAUACAAACACACUCCUUCAACAAUGUCCAUUCCUGAGGUUGAACAAAUUGUAACACCACAAGGAACCAUAGACCUAGUGACUAUUGCUCAAGGCCUUCAUUGGUUCAACCUCCCAAAUUUCUAUGAACAAGUUAAAUAUGUACUCAAAAAACCACAUGGAGUCAUUGCUGCUUGGUGUUAUUUUUUGCCAAGAAUUAGCAAUGAAGUAGAUGUUGUCUUUGAUCAAUUCUAUUAUACUGAUUCAAAGCCUUAUUGGGAUUCAGCGCGUAAAUUGGUCGAGGAAAAUUAUAGAAGCAUUGAUUUCCCAUUUGAGGUUGUGGAUGGAGUUGAUCAUACCGGACCAUUUGAGUUUGUUACAGAAACAUUGAUGAGUUUUGAUGGUUUGUUAACUUAUGUAAGAUCAUGGUCAGCUUAUCAGACAGCAAAGGAAAAAGGUGUUGAGCUUCUUAGUGAGGAUGUUGUUGAGAAAUUUAAGGUUGCUUGGGGUGAAGAUCAUGGCUACAAAACUGCCAAGUUUCCAAUUUAUCUGAGAAUUGGAAGAGUUCAUAUUAUUGACUAGAUACAUUAGAUUUUUAAUAAAUCUAAAAGUAAAGUUUCUCUUAUAUUAAAGACCGGCGGAGUAUUUUGAAGGUGCAACAUCAAAAUAAUAACGGAACAAUUAGGCUCUAGUGCUGCAUUUGUUCUGUUGUUCAUGUUUAUUUAUACUAGUUAGAAAUAAAAUCUCAUGAUUGUUUGCUUAUAUGAUUUUCAGCUAAUAGAAUCUUGUGAUGAACGCUA